AUGGGACUUAGGAAUCCGUCUGAUGCACUGCAUAUCCUGACACGAUCUGGGUCUGCUAUAUCCGGAGAAAAUCGUCCCAGGGGAGGUCAACAGUACGUCCUUGAUCCUGACUAUGCGGAACAUAGGUCAGUAGAGUCUGGCGAAAACUCGACAGUAGGUGUCAGCCAUGUUGCGAAACCAAAUCACUGCGAUCGUGACAGCUCUUUUGGGAAACAGAGAUCAAUUUUGGACAACUACGAGUUGACGCAAAUCGGCGUCGUUCACCCGGACGAAGUUUCACAGCUUCUCACAAUAUAUGCACGGGAGUACCAUCCCUUUUGCCCCUUGGUACCAGCCCACCUCCUCGGAUCGUCGGCUUUGGAACGUAUUCGUAGGGUUGACUUCUUCCUCCUAACGGUCAUCCUCACGAUCGCAUCCAGAGACUCAACGAAACAUUCAGUUGUUCAUCGGUAUUGUUGGAAUCUCGCUCAGAGUCUGCUGCUCCAAGUUCUGCUGGCGGUUCCUUGGACUCAGACUCCUCGAACCGUUGAAGGUCUCUUACUGCUGUCUGAAUGGCUGCCUCAUGUUGAUAGUAAACAUUUGACCUCUGGAAAUCCGAAGGACGUCUUCAGAGAGGGGAGAACUACAUGGUCUGUAGUUGGUCAGGCUGUGAGACUGGGAUACGCUCUUCGCCUGGACCGAGCCGCUUUCAGGGGUAACGGCAGCAGCACCUCUCGGAAUCAGGAUCAGAAUCGGCUCAUCUGGAUGUUCACUUACAUCGCUGAUCGACAAAUAUCCGUCCGGCUUGGCCAAUCCUUCUGGUCUCGAAGCCCCUCACUCUCGUCGAACUUCACCGCUAAAGACUUUCCCACUCUCCAAUCAGCGCCUGAUACAACAUCUGAAGACUAUGCUUCGGUCUUACAAGCCAACUUGGAACUAACUCAAAUUCUGCACAACGCACACGCGAUUCUAUACUCCUCAACUGAAAGGACACUGUCGAUGAUUCAUGAGGGAGAUUACCCUCGAUACCUUGACGACUUCAUGGAGUCGGCUACGCACUGGGACUCGCGAUGGAAGGUCCUCAAGGCUUCGCCCAAUCUAAGGGCUGCUCUAAGCUUGCUGUAUGAGUAUGUGUGCUUGUACAUCAAUGCCUUCUCAUUUCAUGCCGUUGUGACACGGAAAUUGAGGCCACGAGCAUCAGAAGGGCAGAGAAAUGCUGGAAAGAGAUGUAUUACUUCGUUCUUCCCUGAAGGCAUCACGUCCUCUCCAGAUGCAAAGUACAUAAUUGGAGCAACGAGCGCUGCGAAGCGUUUGUUAGGUGUCAUAAACGAGCAGGACCCAAAGCACACGCUUCGGUAUUUACCGUCUCGGUAUCACCUGUACGGCUUGUAUGCUGCUGUCUAUUUGCACAAGGCCAUGGACGCAGACACAAGUCAGGGAACCACUCAGAAAGAAGAGGUCACCAGUCUGGCCCAACGUUUCAUCGCUGCUCUGGAGGAGGUUUCAUCGGCAGAGUCACACAUUUUUCAUGGAUACAGCGAUCUUUUGGAAAACAUGUGGACUUCCAGAGGGUUAAAAAGAGCGGCCACUGCUCAACAUCACACUGCUUCAUUGGCAACGCUGGUGGCCGCCACGAACCCCAAGGCGGCCCCGCAAGAGCCCCAUCAUUCUGGCGCCGACAGUGUUGGUGUAUUUGGGUGGGAGGAUAGUAUGUCCGCAUCACAAUUUUCUCAUCAAGCAGGUCUCGAGGGCGAUACACCGGACUUCGCGUCCUUUGAGAGCUAUCUGUUCGGGUCGCUGUGGCCGGGGUUGGCGAGUGUUGGUGAGCAGGGAACUCUUGACCAAGACGUUCAAUUCGGUUUCAAUUUUGACAGCGGUUUCUAA